GCAUCCGUCUCUGUAGUCUGACAGCUGGCAGUUUCACUUUCGUGUCCUAAUGUGCUUAUAUAUCAAAAUUCAUAAUUUUCCAAAGCAUACAAUUCCCCAAAAUUAAUCAUCAACGGACUAAGCAUUCCGUUUCUUUGGCUACCAUAACCGCUUCCAAUCUGUUUCUGGUUACCCAGCCGCAUUUACUUUCGCUUCCGGUUCCGUUUCCAGGAUGUGCUUUGGCAAGUUCUUCGGCGGCAGGCAUGGAAAUCGUUCCAAUGCUGUUGCCACUGAAGGUGUCACCGUGCGUCCCAGCCUGGCCAAUGUUCCCCAGGUGUCCGUGGACAAUAUACGCUCCGUCAAGUCCACCAAAUCGACCAAGUCCGUCAAGUCUGGCAAAUCGAUGGCCGCUGCCAGCCGCGUGACCGUCAAUUUGGCCAACCAGCGAGCACCCAGUGUUAACACCAUAGGAUCGGAGGCAAAGAAAUCUGUGCUGGUUGGGCCAGGCGGAGGAGUUUCCAGUGCCAGCGCUUCGGUGGUCCCUAAUGCUGCUGGUGGAUCUGCCACCGGCUCUGGGACAGCAGAUGGCAGCUCUCGCUCUGUAAGGCGCAGCUCCUGGUUCCAAUGAUCCCAUCCCGGAGCAGCGCAAAUUGCUAAGGAUUCAUCUUCAAAGACCUCCGUCGGGAUUAGAAGCAGAGAAGGAAGCACACAUAUCUUCGAUUUUUCAGAAUUACAGCAGAAAAAAAAAAAUGAAAUAAAGUGCAAAACCCGUAAAAAAAAUCCUUUAAAAAAACCCCUAAAAUUCCCAACUCCUGGAAUCCGUGUAGAAUCAAUGUAUUCAA